AUACAAUGAUCACGAGGAUGACGAUGACGAGAGGCAAAGGCACCAUGCUGAUGAUGGCGAGCGAGAUGAUGAUGCCGACAGCGAUGAGCUUGUGGAGUAUGUCGACAGCUUUGGCCGCAAGAGAAGGUGCACGAAGAAGGAACUGGCUGCGCUGCAGGCGCUGGAUGAAGAAGACCGACCCACGCGUGACCUCGUGUCCGAAGACAUGCAACGAGAAGAGCGCAGACAACAGUGGGAGGAGCAGAUGGAGGCGGAGAGGAACCAGCCACGUGGACCCAUUCACUAUGAGACCGUUCGUGCAGGGGAGAUUCGGAACCUCGGCACAGGGUACUUUGCGUUCUCCAAGGACGAGAUUGAGCGCGGGCAGCAGCGGGAACUGCUGGAGCAGCUGAGGGAAGAGACGCAACGGGGCCGAAGCAAGCGGGAGAAGUUGAAGCAGCGCAGGGAACGGGCGCUACAGGCUCGCCUGGCAAAGAUCAGGCAGCGACGAGGGGAUGGUGGUGCGCCACCAAGCAAGUCUGCCAAGACACAACAGGACGCAGGAGCGUCACAACAACAGGCAGAGCGCGACGAAGCGGAGGAGAAGGAGGCGGAAGUGGAGGCAGAAGAAGAGGAGGAAGACAUCGACGAUGUACUGGAUGCCUUGAUGCCAUCCGAUGACUGACAUGAAUCAUGCGCACAAUGCGCUUCUUGUCCCAUCAUACAUGCAUGCGCUGAUCGCUUGGUCACACUCGUCUUGCUUCUUGAAUGAUGAGGUGAGAUGUGAGAUGUGACACAACCAUAAACGACACACCAAC